AUGGAACGAAGCGAGCUGCCAAACAGCCGAAAUCGCCCCAAAGGUUCCAUCAAAGUGAAAGGAUAUGCCAACCCGAUGGUCCGGAGUUCUCGAAAGAAGAUGCCGUUGACUGGGAUUCCUGGCUUAACCCCGAAGCACUCGGCGGAGAAGGCCCACCGCCUUUUGGGAGAACGUUACGCAACAAGUUCGUCACGGAUAAAGUGGCUAUUGUUGCGAAACCUCUAUCAUGCUAUUUUGCAGCCAAUACCAGUGCUAUCACACUUUCAGCAGGGCAGUCAGGAGUUACGUCCCGAGAAUGCACGGCUAAGCUGA